AUGAUUUUCGUGUGCCAAACGUGUGGCAGUGCAAUCACAGGCGCCUGGCGCCACGAUUGCGAGACGCAGACGUUCACCUGCCACGGAGAGUUGUGUAAGCGCCGCUACAAACUAAAUAAUGGAUUGCCGCAGAGUUAUCAGCAGCAGAAGCAGCAGCAGUGCGUUAUGCCAAUUGUCGUCAUGCCGCCUCAGACACCCCGCGACAGUUCCUACGCGGGGCGAUUUGUCGCCGCACAGGGGUUACGAGCUCGUUCUAGACUAAUGGGCGACGACAAGGACUUUUAUUUACCCCCGCCGCUGUCACGUAUGUUUCCAACAAUGCAGAAGCAACCGACACACAACCCCAAUGAAAAGGCACCGGGAAACAAUGAGGAGAGUCCGGCAGUGCAGAAGGAACCGUUGACUUUUAUUAAACUGCCUCAAACCCGUGAAUCCUUACCUACUUUGAACAUGGAAACCUCCAAAGAAGGAAAUACCGGGAAUAUAAGAACAAUCCACCGCAUCCAGUUUGAAGGUGAUGACUGGGAUGCUGUGUUGCCAUGCCGCAAGAAUGAACUCUACAUGGCUUUGCAACUGGACAUAUGCAACUCACUGCCCUUCUCGUCAUCGUUUAGCGUUCAAAUCAUGCGCACGGGGGGCGGUUUUUUUGCCUAUAUCACCAUAACACGCUCAGCUGAGGUCAGCGACGACGAAGUAUGUCGGCACCUCAGUGAAUAUCACUUUCCAGAAACUCGACGGAUAUACCAAUCUGCGCAACUGCAACUUAGUGCACAAUUUCUUACUCAGAAUUCCGGCGAAUACAUUCAAUGCCCUAAUACACCAUCGGUUUUUGCUCCUUCAGAAAGUUUGAGGCAUGGGCUAUGGGGCGGCAAAGCCAUCAGGAUUAAUGGAGAACCCUAUCAAUGCUCACGAGUUCCACAAACCUCUGUUAAAAAUACGACUGCAACGUUAAAAGUGGAUGAUUCAUACCUUCUCGAUCCAUCUUCGUUACAAAAAAAUGAACUCAUCAUCGAUAAUAAAAGUAAUAAGCGAUCCACUGAAGUGGAAAAAGAAGAAUUGGCAGGAAUAGCAAACAACAGUCAAAAAACAUCAUGCAAUUCAGAAAAAGAAGAGGAGAGUCGCCAAAAUGAUUUAGCAAAGUUGAUACCAGCCGAAAAAAAUUACUAUUCAAGCAUUAACAACCUCUCGACAGGAGAAAAAAUAAACAACACUUCAGUUCUCAUGUACCCAGAAAUUGAGGGGGGCCGCAGCAUGGAGUCGUUGCCCCAGAGUGUUACUGUGGUUCCUCGUGGUGAACGUCCCAUGAGCAGUAAGUCGUUUGGUGUCUCCUUGGUGCACGAGAACGAGAUGGAGGGAGGCCGCAGCAUGGAGUCGUUGCCCCAGAGUGUUACUGUGGUUCCUCGUGGUGAACGUCCCAUGAGCAGGAAGUCGUUUGGUGUCUCCUUGGUGCACGAGACCGAGAUGGAGGGAGGUCGCAGCAUGGAGUCGUUGCCCCAGAGUGUUACUGUGGUUCCUCGUGGUGAACGUCCCAUGAGCAGUAAGUCGUUUGGUGUCUCCUUGGUGCACGAGAACGAGAUGGAGGGAGGCCGCAGCAUGGACUCGUUGCCCCAGAGUGUUACUGUGGUUCCUCGUGGUGAACGUCCCAUGAGCAGUAAGUCGUUUGGUGUCUCCUUGGUGCACGAGAACGAGAUGGAGGGAGGCCGCAGCAUGGAGUCGUUGCCCCAGAGUGUUACUGUGGUUCCUCGUGGUGAACGUCCCAUGAGCAGUAAGUCGUUUGGUGUCUCCUUGGUGCACGAGAACGAGAUGGAGGGAGGUCGCAGCAUGGACUCGUUGCCCCAGAGUGUUACUGUGGUUCCUCGUGGUGAACGUCCCAUGAGCAGUAAGUCGUUUGGUGUCUCCUUGGUGCACGAGAACGAGAUGGAUGAUUGGUGUUUGCCUCCGCGUGGGCAGAAGUGGCGCAGUUUGUUAGAUAAGGAUGUUUCUCUGCGAAUGGUUGAGAUGAAUGGGUGGUGUUUGCCUCCUCGUCGAUUUUUUGUCUUGGAGGAUCGUGAUUCUAAUCAUGUUUGUUUGUCCGAGGAGGUUUUUGUGUGUGAUAAUGGUUUAUCUAGCUUGAGUAAGCCUUCUGUGAUGCCUUGUGGUGAUUCAAUGGCGCCAUGUGCGGUGUCUGUUGGCAAAUCGGAGGUUUUUGAGUCUUCGAUGACGAUGGACCGGGUUUCUUUUGAGGGUGGAGGGGAUGCACGUUCUCCUGUUUUUCAUGGUAUGCAUUGUGAGGCGGCGACUUCUCCGUUGUUUUCUGGUGCUUGUAACCCUGAGGAGCGGUGGCUAGAUGUACUGCCAGCGAGAUCGAUCGACAAAAACCCUUGGAAGUUUUCACAAUAUACGGCGCGAGGCAGGUCGAAUGUGUCUGCGCAGAAAAUUCUUCCGGUAGCGGAGGCCGUUGGUUUGCUGAAGGGAUCGUCAAAUGUGUUGUUGGAAGAAUCGGAGGAGGCGCUGAUGCUAAGUGUAGGGGAGACGGAUGGACAUUUACUGUCGGAUGGCGACGUGUCAUCGAGACAUUUGGAGCUUACGGAAACAAAGGAUGUGGCGCCUGCACAGGGGGGCAAUGGGCUUCUUGGAGCAUUGAAGGAUCAACAUGUGACAGUGGAGGGGAAUAAAUUAGAGGGACGGACUCUGCCCACCGGGGCUGAGAACUAUGAAGUGGCGCCAUUAAAAAAGAAUGUUGUUCCGUGGGAUACGCAGGAGAGCUCUUGUGCCUUCGAGGUGUAUGAACUGAGUGCUUCCAACUCUUCGGAGUCUUCAUGUGUUGAAAUUUGGUUGGAAAGAGAGGGUCCGAGGGCGUUUUCGAGGUUGUUGCAACAUCUUGAAGAGGCAGAGAGAGUGAUUCGUAAACCAGUAGAAUUGCUAAGAAGGUUGAGGGAUAAUGAGGAUGGUGGCUAUUGUUAUCAGGCUUAG